ACAGACCGGAGCGGACCGAGCCUCCAGCCCCGAGACUCUCGCGUAAUUGGUUUUUCGGUUAUUGGUCACUGUGGCAGGGCGGUCUGCGGUCGGGUGAGACGUGGGGAGCAAUGGCGACCUUUGUGAGCGAGCUGGAGGCGGCCAAGAAGAACCUGAGCGAGGCCCUGGGGGACAACGUGAAACAAUACUGGGCUAACUUAAAGUUGUGGUUCAAGCAGAAGAUCAGCAAAGAAGAGUUUGACCUUGAAGCUCAUAGACUUCUCACACAGGAUAAUGUCCAUUCUCACAACGAUUUCCUCCUGGCUAUUCUGACGCGUUGUCAGAUUUUGGUGUCUACACCAGAGGGUGCUGGAUCUUUGCCCUGGACAGGGGGUUCUGCAGCUAAACCUGGAAAACCAAAGGGGAAGAAAAAGCUUUCUUCUGUUCGUCAGAAAUUUGAUCAUAGAUUCCAGCCUCAAAAUCCCCUGUCGGGAGCCCAGCAGUUUGUGGCAAAGGAUCCCCAAGAUGAUGAUGACUUGAAACUUUGUUCCCACACAAUGAUGCUUCCCACUCGGGGUCAGCUUGAAGGGAGGAUGAUAGUGACCGCUUACGAGCAUGGCUUGGACAACGUCACGGAGGAGGCGGUCUCAGCUGUUGUCUAUGCCGUGGAGAAUCACCUGAAAGAUAUAUUGACAUCUGUUGUGUCCAGAAGGAAAGCUUAUCGGUUACGUGACGGUCAUUUUAAAUAUGCCUUUGGGAGUAACGUGACCCCACAGCCUUACCUGAAGAACAGUGUCGUGGCGUACAACAACUUAAUAGAGAGUCCUCCAGCCUUUUCUGCUCCUUGUGCCGGUCAGAAUCCCGCUUCCUACCCGCCCCCCGAUGACGCGGAGCAGCAGGCUGCCCUCCUCCUGGCGUGCUCCGGGGACACUCUGCCCGCCUCUUUGCCUCCUGUCAACAUGUACGACCUUUUCGAAGCUCUGCAGGUGCACAGGGAAGUCAUUCCUACACAUACCGUCUACGCUCUCAACAUAGAAAGGAUCAUCAUGAAGCUCUGGCACCCCAAUCACGAAGAACUGCGGCAGGACAAAGUCCACCGCCAGCGCCUGGCGGCCAAGGAAGGCCUGUCGCUCUGCUGAGUUAGGGCGGUCUGAGGGGACGGGACCCUCAGCGAAUUCAUUGGUUGUUGAGAAUUGGAUGUUUUUUGGGUCCACAUUUCAAGGCUGAAGUGUACAGUGUAAAUAUAAAUUUUCCUAUGGAAAUGUGACACUGAGUACAUUUUGUGUUGCUACUGUGAAGCCAUUAAUAUAAAUCUGACUUUGCUCAUGACCCAUGUCUCUGUAUGUGUGUGUGUUCUCAGUUAUGGGAGGAAGCACUGAAAAAAUUCUGUGCCUGGAUUGGAAAGGUUUUUGGGCAUCUGAGGCUUAGUAUCCUGUGGUCUACACGUGAGGUAGAUGACAUCCUAGAACAAAGAAGCUGUUAUAACUUAGUCCCCAUGAUCAGCAGGGACAUCUGUGUUUUCAGUGGCCGCAUAUAUUCUAUAUCUGGCAAGCCUGACAUCUCUGCCUUUCUUCUAAAGAACUGCUCUUGCAUUUUGGUUGAAAUAAUCCACACAGUGUUAAAAAUCAUAUACCUCCUUUAGUGACCAGUUUAACAGAUAUAGGUGUCUCCCUCAAAGUUCAUUACAACUCCAUAGAAAAUAGAACCUAGAAAUGCUGUGCUGUUAGACAAAGUCCUUUUUUUGCAUUAAAAACCAAAACAACAACAACAAAAAAAAACCUCGAAUAUAAUUAAUUUUACAAAGUUUUUUCUCAUAACUUGUUUCUUUUAUAGUUGAUAUGCCCAAGGACUUUGGUCGGCAAGUCCAUCUACUGACUAUUCCUAUAGAAUAUGUUUUAAAAGGCCCACAUACACAUACUAGAUUUAUACUUAGAAAUUCCCCAGUUCCUCUGCAGUAUGUUUCUAUCCUUUAUCAAAUGAUAAAGUGAAAAUAAUUUACAUUUGGCAGUGUUACUAAUAAUAAAGUUUGUUUUUUUUAGAAGUGAUGCUUUUUACUCAGAAGAUAGUAUUGGGCUAUGCUAGAAUGUUUGGAUGGGUUGUGUAGGGCUACGUGAUCUAUGUAUAGACGGACUUGUUCACAUGGUUCAGUAUUUGGAUCUGUGUAUUUGAUUUUGUACUUUAAAUGUGACAAAUAAACCUUUCAGGAGAAAA